AUGUCGGAUCAUAAUUUACUUGAUGACGAUGAUCCACUUGUGUCGUUUGUUCAACCACAACAAUCAUCAGCAACAAAAUCAAAACCAAAUGAUUCAUUUGAAAAUCAUUUAUUAGAUGAUAUUGAUCCAUUUGGUAAUCAUAAUGGACAAGAAGAAAUAAAUCAUAAUGGAACAAAUACUAAUAAGGAUGUUAAAAAUUCAAAUCCAUUUUCAUUAACAAAUGAUCUUUUUCCAUUAGAUUCAAAUGAAAAUGAAACAAUGACACAUACUAAAAUACAUAACAAUGAAGAAUCGAAUGAUUCAUCAUUAUUAAAUUUUCAAUCUCAAUUAAAUGGUAGCAUUGCAAACAAAAAUACACUUUUACUUGAACUUGAUCCUGAUGCUCCUAAUUCUAUAAAUCCUAUGAAUAAAGAUACACCAUCACCAAAUGAUCCAUUUAAACAAUUUUCAAAUAUAUCAUCACAACAAAAUAAUCAAAUUGAAACACUUCUUGAUUUCGAUGGUUCAAAUGAUAAUACAAAUAGAUAUGAACAAGAAACAAAUUUAACAAGUUUUAGUAAUCCAUUUUUUGAUAUAAAAUCAACAAAUACUAAUGAAAAUUCAAAUAUUUCUUCACAAUCAAAUGAAUCCGAAGAACAAUUAUUACGUCAAGCAUCACAAGAACUUGAUGAUGCUGUACAAGAAUUAACUGAAAAACUUGAUUUAAUUACUUCACCAUCACCACCAUUAACAUCUGAUCAACAACAACAACAACCUGUUGUUUCAACAAUUGAAGAAAAUCCAUCUGCUAUUUCAACAGAAACAGAUUCAAAUUUGCCAACAGCAUCCACAGCAAAAAAAUCUACUAGUAGUAUAGCACGACCAACAAGUUCAACAAAAACUAAAACAUCAUCAACAACAAGUACUACAUUAAAAAGUACAGAACAUAAGCCAGCUGCUGCUGUAGCAAAGAGCACAGAACAUAAACCUGUCGUCUCAACAACAAAAUCUACUGAAUCAAAAUCAUCAACAACAACUCGUAAAACACUUCAUCCAGGACCAGCAACAGCUGCAACAGCUUCUAAUAAAUCAAAAUUACUACCUACAUCUCCAACUCAUGAAUCAUCAACAGCACCAAAACCAACACGUGAUGUUCCAGUUAAACCUCAUUCAGCUACAACAAAAUCAAAACCUACUGCUAGUUCUUCAACAACUGCAACUACAAGUCGAUCAACAACUAAACCAGUAACAAAACCAAUUCGUCCUUCAACAGUUCCCAAAACUUCCGAUUCAACAAUACUUUCUACUGCACCGGAAGGUAGUGCUUCAUCAUCAACGAUUCCAUCGACAACCUCAACAACAAAAUCACACGUACGAGCACCUCAACCAUCUACAAAACCACCGACAAAAACAACUUCCACUACUGCUUCCUCACAUGCAGCAUCAUCAACGACUGUAUCUACUAGUAAAACAACAAUUAUAAAACAACGACCAACAUCACAUAAUCGAGCUAUAGCUUCAAGACCAUCAACAGCAACUAGUGUUCCACCAAAACGUUCGAAUAGUGCUACUCGUCCAUCGACAGCUGAUACUACAUCACGUCCAACACGUUCAACUGCAGUUGAAAGUGCGUCAGGAACAACGAUUACAACUAAACCACAAUGGAAUUCAACUACAUCAAAAGUUGGAUCUCUUCAAAAUACAACACAUAAAGCCGGAGGUGGUAUUGUUAAGAUUCAAAGUCAAAAAUUACAAUGGAAUGCAAAAUCAAAAAUUGGUUCACUUGAAAAUGCUCAUCAUAAACCAGGUGGUGGUGCAAUUAAAAUUGAAAGUAAAAAACUUGAUUUUAAAGAAAAAGCUAAACCAAGAACAGAUAGUGGUAAACAUGAAACAAUGACAUCAGGCGAUGGUAGAGAUGAUGUAAAUGCUGGUGCAACAGUUAAUGAUGGACAUCAUAAAGAAGAUGAGACGGCAGAUGAAAUUUUCAAAACAGAAAAAGAUGAUAACGGUGACAAAUAA